CCGGCAUCCCCGCGCUCGGACCGCGGCCGGCGCGAUGUCCACCAAGGUCAGCAAGUGCAAGGAGCAAGCGAGGGUGACCUUCCCCGCGCCGGAGGAGGAGGAGGAGGGCGAGGACGAAGGCGCGGAGCCGCAGCGCCGCCGACGGGGCUGGAGGGGCGUCAACGGGGGGCUCGAGCCGCGCUUGGCGCCCUUGCAGCGGGAACCGCACGACUACUGCCUGCCGCCCUUCCCUCCGGGGCCCGACAUGUCAAUGGAGGAAAGCCCUUCCCUGAGGCGCAAGACAGUGAUGCGCGAGAAGGGCCGGCGCCAGGCUGUCCGGGGCCCAGCCUUCAUGUUCAACGAUCGGGGCACCAGCCUCACCGCCGAGGAGGAGCGCUUCCUCGACGCCGCCGAGUACGGCAACAUCCCUGUGGUGCGCAAGAUGCUGGAGGAGUCCAGGACACUGAACGUCAACUGCGUGGACUACAUGGGCCAGAACGCGCUGCAGCUGGCGGUGGGCAAUGAGCACCUGGAGGUGACUGAGCUGCUGCUCAAGAAGGAGAACCUGGCGCGCAUCGGCGACGCCCUGCUGCUCGCCAUCAGCAAGGGCUACGUGCGCAUCGUGGAGGCCAUCCUCAACCACCCGGGUUUCGCGGCCAGCAAGCGCCUCACCCUGAGCCCCUGUGAGCAGGAGCUGCAGGACGACGACUUCUACGCCUACGACGAGGACGGCACGCGCUUCUCCCCCGACAUCACCCCCAUCAUCCUGGCGGCGCACUGCCAGAAGUACGAGGUGGUGCACAUGCUGCUGAUGAAGGGCGCCAGGAUCGAGCGGCCGCACGACUAUUUCUGCAAGUGCGGGGACUGCACGGAGAAGCAGAGGCACGACUCCUUCAGCCACUCGCGCUCGAGGAUCAAUGCCUACAAGGGGCUGGCCAGCCCAGCGUAUCUGUCCUUGUCCAGCGAGGACCCCGUGCUCACCGCCCUGGAGCUCAGCAACGAGCUGGCCAAGCUGGCCAACAUAGAGAAGGAGUUCAAGAAUGACUAUCGCAAGCUCUCCAUGCAAUGCAAAGACUUCGUAGUGGGUGUGCUGGAUCUUUGCCGAGACUCGGAAGAGGUAGAAGCCAUUCUGAACGGAGAUCUGGAAUCAGCAGAGCCUCUGGAGAUGCACAGGCAUAAAGCUUCACUGAGUCGUGUCAAACUUGCCAUUAAGUAUGAAGUCAAAAAGUUUGUGGCUCACCCCAAUUGCCAGCAGCAGCUCUUGACAAUCUGGUACGAGAACCUCUCAGGCCUGCGGGAACAGACGGUAGCUAUCAAGUGUCUGGUGGUUCUGGUCGUGGCCUUGGGCCUUCCGUUCCUUGCCAUCGGCUACUGGAUUGCACCUUGCAGCAGGCUGGGGAAAAUUCUGCGAAGCCCUUUUAUGAAGUUUGUGGCACACGCUGCUUCUUUCAUCAUCUUCCUGUGCCUGCUUGUGUUCAAUGCCUCAGACAGAUUCGAAGGAAUCACCACGUUGCCAAAUAUCACUGUUAUUGACUAUCCCAAACAGAUCUUCAGGGUGAAAACCACCCAGUUCACAUGGACUGAAAUGCUAAUUAUGGUCUGGGUUCUUGGAAUGAUGUGGUCUGAGUGUAAGGAGCUCUGGCUGGAAGGACCCAGGGAAUACAUUUUGCAGUUGUGGAAUGUCCUAGACUUUGGGAUGCUCUCCAUCUUCAUUGCUGCUUUCACAGCCAGAUUCCUGGCUUUCCUUCAGGCGACAAAAGCACAACACUAUGUGGACAGUUAUGUCCAAGAGAGCGACCUCAGUGAAGUUACACUUCCACCAGAGAUACAGUAUUUCACUUAUGCCAGAGAUAAAUGGCUCCCUUCUGACCCUCAGAUCAUAUCUGAAGGUCUCUAUGCCAUAGCUGUCGUGCUCAGCUUUUCUCGGAUCGCCUACAUCCUCCCUGCGAAUGAGAGCUUCGGCCCCUUACAGAUCUCUCUUGGAAGGACUGUGAAGGACAUAUUUAAGUUCAUGGUCCUCUUUAUUAUGGUGUUUCUUGCUUUUAUGAUUGGCAUGUUCAUACUCUAUUCUUACUACCUUGGGGCUAAAGUAAAUGCUGCUUUUACCACUGUAGAAGAAAGUUUCAAGACUUUGUUUUGGUCAAUAUUUGGGUUGUCUGAAGUGACUUCCGUUGUGCUCAAAUAUGAUCACAAAUUCAUAGAGAAUAUUGGAUACGUUCUUUAUGGAAUAUACAAUGUAACUAUGGUGGUUGUUUUACUCAACAUGCUCAUUGCUAUGAUUAAUAGCUCCUAUCAAGAAAUUGAGGAUGACAGUGACGUAGAAUGGAAGUUUGCUCGCUCAAAACUUUGGUUAUCGUAUUUUGAUGAUGGAAAAACAUUACCUCCACCCUUCAGUCUGGUUCCUAGUCCAAAGUCAUUUGUUUAUUUCAUCAUGCGGAUCAUUAACUUUUCCAGAUGCAGAAGGAGAAGGCUACAGAAGGAUAUAGAAAUGGGAAUGGGUAACUCAAAGUCCAGGUUAAACCUCUUCACUCAGUCUAACUCAAGAGUUUUUGAAUCACACAGUUUUAACAGCAUUCUCAAUCCGCCAACACGUUAUCAGCAGAUAAUGAAAAGACUUAUAAAGCGGUAUGUUUUGAAAGCACAAGUAGACAAAGAAAAUGAUGAAGUUAAUGAAGGUGAAUUAAAAGAAAUCAAGCAAGAUAUCUCCAGCCUUCGCUAUGAACUUUUGGAGGACAAGAGCCAAGCGACUGAGGAAUUAGCCAUUCUAAUUCAUAAACUCAGUGAGAAACUGAAUCCCAGCGUGCUGAGAUGUGAAUGAUUCAGUAACCUGGAAUUAUGGCUUUGACUGUAGCACAAUUGUGGGCAAUAAUAUUUCUAAGUAUGAAAUACUUGAAAAACUAUGAUGUAAAUUUUUAGUGUUAACUACCUUUAUCAUGUGAAUCUUUAAAAGUUAGGUCUUAAUGAUUUUACUGUUUUAUCACAUGCAAAUGGUCUUCAUUUUAAUUGUCUGCCUUGACAUUACAAACAAUGACGUGCCAUUGUAUUUAAAGGCCCAAUAUUACUACAUUAUUGAUAUUUUUGUCCAUUUUAGAAUAAACUCUAUGUCUUUGCACUACCUGUUUGCCUCUAAGAGACUGUAAGCUCCUUGGGGACAGGGACCAUGUCUUAUUCAUCUUUGUGUCUCCAGCAUCUAGUACAGUGCCUGGUACAUAGUAGGUGCUCAAUAAAUGUUGUCAAAACCAACUGAACUGAACUGCCAACAAAAUACAGAUAAAAAUUAAAAGGCCAUCACUAUGUAGCAUAUAUUCCCUUGUCCAAGUGCUAAAGAGAUUUUUUUUUGAAAAAUAUAAACAAAAAAUUUUACAAACAGCUAUGACUUGGUCAGAUUUUCUUAGAAUUUUUGACAUCACUGAUAAUCCUAGAACCUUUGAGCCCUG